AGGGUUGAGUUUGGUUUGGUGGUGGCAGUGGCGGUGAGGAGAAUAGUGUGGCCGGACUGUAGGAGAGAGGGGUGGUAUUAUAUUUGCGCAGGGCCGCCCGAUAGGGCGCAGUAUCGUCGCGACCGCCGUCGCGUGCACGUCGAUUUUCUGUGCGUUUACGUAUAUACCAGACCGCGAGUGCGUCUGCACCGAGAAUAUCGUUUUCCCUCCUUGUCGGUCGUAUAUACUUUGACCGGCCUCCUCUCGUAUACUCCUUUUCUUCUCUCUUUCUCUCUAUCUAUCCUUCUCGCGUUCUAUCUCCACUUCCUCUAUAUUCGCUCCUCUCUUUCUAUACCUUGUUCUCUAUUCUUCUCCUUUCUUCUCUCUCUCUCUUUCUCUUCUCUCUUUUUCUUCCCUUUUUCUCUGCCUUUCUUUCUCUGUCUCUCUCUCUCUUUCUUUCUCUCUUUCUCUCUCUUCCUCUCAGAUUAUUGGCUCUCGCUCAGUUUCUCCAUUCCAUGCGUAUCCCUCCGUGUUACUCUCCUCGAUGUUUCGCGCGUGAUCGUGCCCACUGCUCCACUACAGUUCGCGUUCCGCGAGACACAUAUGAUCCGAUCGAACUAUAAACAACAACAGAGAUCGCGAAAGUCGAGAGCGAAUCCUCGAGCAGGAGUCGUUAAGUGUUCUUGGCCCAAGAAUAGUAUGAUAUUUUCGUGAGACGGAAACCAAAGCUGGAGUUAUUCACAAUCGCGUGCAAACAUGUUAACGCCAGAAGAAAUUCUCGUCAAAAAUGUAGAAAGCAUGGCGAGGAUACACCGUUAAUGUCAUCCGUAUUGAGUUUAAGAGGGCCAAUCGAAAAACGCGGUCGUUCUUAAAAUACAAGAAAGGAGCGGAAAAGAAGAGGAGGAAAAGACGAAGGCUGUCCCAGUGAUCCUGUUGGAUAGAGGUCAAUGGAGCCAUCUUGAUGCAGGCUGCAAAACUACGUGGGGAUUACCCGUCGUGGUCGUCGGGCUGAUUUCAACGGUGAACAGUGGCGAUUCCACCCGUGGGUGGAAGCGCCGUUUUCAUCACCGUCAACGGCGAACAGUACAGCCACUUCCGCUUCCUCCACCCCACGUGGCCGAACCAUUACCUGAUAAGAGCUGGAGAAGCGGCCGCAGCCGCAGCCGCCUCGGAGCUCUGAGGAGCUGGAGGAUCUGCACAAGCUGCUGCACUUCCCCGAGGAGGUGGCGCUCAGGUUGACGGAGACCGAAUACCAGCUGUUCUACCAGGUACCGCCUGAGGAGUACCUAAGGCACGUGGCACAAGAUCAGAAUACGCAGAAACUACCUGCCAGGCCACCCCCGUCGCCGAGUCGCAGCUAUUGCAAUCCGAGCACCGCCAACAGCUCGACCCAGACCGAGGAAGAGUCUAACUGGCCUGUACCCAACUUCUCCUCUUCCGUUCAGACGCUCAUCAAUCGUUUCAAUGAGGUGAGCUCAUGGGUUACCCACGCGAUCACAAGCGGCACAACGAUAGAAGAAAGGCAGGCUGUAUUGUCCUGUCUCCUACGCGUAGCUCAAACCUGUUGGAAUACCGGAAAUUUUAACUCAGCCAUGGAAAUCGUUGCUGGCCUCAAGUCCAACAAGCUGAAACCCUUUUGGAACAGCGUGAACGAGCCGGUACCAGUUUUGGAAAGCCUCUCCUCCGCCCUUUUGUCAUCCGAGUAUGAAUUCGCGCUUGCCCGCUCGUUGGCUAUGCCGGAAUGCCCGGUGGUCCCAUUCUUCGGGGCUUUCUUGCGGGAAUUGCGGGAAGUCAUCGCAUUCGAAUCCAAGUCUCAGUACGCAGAAUGCAAGGACAACCGCGAAUCACCACGCAGAAGCAGCAAGGAUGUCGAGUCCGAAAACAUGUCAUCCUCGGGGCAAACCACGAAGAUCGCUAUCGACACUAGCACGGAAUCAUCCACGGAAUGGAAUACGAGGAAUAGUUCCUUGAGGAAAAUAGAGAACAUCCCGAUCCGUGACACGGGCUCUGUCCUCGAGAAAAUCGGCGAAUUUCAUAAGCAUCAACAUGCUCGAGGCAGAGACGCGACAACUGGUUCGCUCCAUCGCACUCUGAGCAUUCACACCACUGCAAUUGAGCAGACUUACAUGGCCGAGGAAUGUGACGAGAACGACUAUCAUUUCGAUCUCGAUUCCUACAAACCGGUACAGCCAAUCACGAUCGACCAUGGGGUCGCCUUAUUUCCUGUCGCCGCACCCCACACAGGAAUGGAUCUGCAUCUAUUGCAGGUGUUGCAUCACGGGACGACGUUGGUGCACUGGGACUGCGAGGGCGGCGCCACGAGGACGGCGUUGGUUUUCGCGCGGGUGGAUCGUGCCUGCGGCACCUUCGUCUGGGAGAAACCGCCGUGGAGCCCGUUGAAGUACCUGAACCUGAGCUCCGUGAAGGAGGUGAUGAUCGGUUGCUGCGACCGGGACAGGGAGACCGAGUUGAGGAGCAUUUGCAAGAGGUACGGCCUGUCCGGAUCCGACUCGUGCAUCGGCCUUAUGUACGGCUCCAACCUGCCGGACAAUCGACUCAUCUUUCUCCUUUGCCCUCCUGCGCUUAGCAAAAUUUGGUAUAUGGGUCUUUGUUGGAUAUUAAGAGGCCUGAAGCGGCAACAACAAUUAACGGAUCGUAGGUCGCGAUGGUUGAAAGAGAAAUAUCUUCAGCUUUAUUUCGAGGAAGGUUGCCUCGAGCCGAUGACAGCUGACGCUAUAAGGGCUUUCGGCGGUCGCGAUUGGUCCAUGACUGAAAGUAUUGGAACGCUUUCACCGACGAGUAGCGGUAAUCUUCGUAAACGAAACGCCAAAGGGAAGAAAACGAAAUCCAUCGGCAAUAUUCACGCGUUAACAAAGGAUUUGAGCCUAAAGCAAUUCGACUCCUCGUCUUCGGAUGGAGGCUUAUCAACGGCCCCACUUCGGCAUAUUACGGGUAGCAGGGAAUCCUUGACGAGAAUCAUACCGGCAUCCCCACGGUCUAGCAGGGAUCGAGUACCCCCACGCAGCCCUCCCGGAUCAGCCGAACGAAUUAUUAGUUCCAACUUGCCUUACUCCAGCUUUCAGAGCCUAUUGUGCGUCGCUAGAGACAAGGAUAAGAAUGGAUCGGGAAUGUCAGGUGGGCUGGAGGCACCUUGGCAAGUGAAAGCGCGCACCACUUCCAUAAUGUACGAAACGCAGUUGAACUUUGUCGAGUUCGUCGCUUUGUUCCGCUCGUUCAGCCUGAGAGCGAGAAAGGAUUUGCGCGACUUAUUCGGCCAACUUGCGAUCACUUGCCGUAGCCAGAGCGACGGCUCUUUGAGAGACUUUAAUGUACGCCCGCCUGUGUUGAGGCAGACCAGUGAUGCGACCCCUCAACGAAUCGGUCUUUUAACGAGGAAUAAUUCCAUAGACUGUCGUGAGUACAAAACCAGCAGCAACCUUCAAAAGAAGCAAGUUUUUGACGCGGUGGCUGCAGCCAGUAUCGUUAAUAAUUGUUCUGGCGUUGAUACCUCGAAAUCCCAAGUAAUCACCCUGGCGACGUUCACUAAAUUUUUGGAAUCUCGUCAACAAGAGAAAUUGACCGACGAUGAAAUCAAGGCGUUGGUCAAGCGACACGAGCCGGACCCAGGGCUACGUACACAAUGGUGUUUGUCUUUCGAGGGCUUUGCACGGUACAUGAUGGACAAGGACAAUUAUGCUUUCCCAAACGAGUAUGCAACGCCGUUCGAGACUGAAAUGCAACAGCCAUUGUCCCAGUAUUACAUCGCCAGCUCGCAUAAUACUUAUUUAACAGGUCAUCAACUCAAAGGAGAAUCCUCGGUCCAGCUUUACUCUCAGGUACUACUAACAGGAUGUAGGUGUGUAGAACUCGAUUGCUGGGAUGGCGAUGAUGGAUCCCCUGUUAUUUACCAUGGUCACACUUUCACUACCAAGAUACCGUUUCGCUCGGUCGUAGAGGCGAUUGAUAGAAGUGCUUUCGUCAGUUCCCCGUAUCCUGUCAUCCUCUCCAUCGAAAAUCAUUGUUCGCAAAGCCAACAAGCUCGAAUGGCCCAAAUAUUUCAAUCGGUAUUCGGGGACAAACUGGUGACAAAGUUCUUGUUCGAGACCGAUUUCAGCGACGACCCCCAACUGCCAUCGCCGUCGCAGUUGCGCUAUCGAAUAUUAAUCAAGAACAAAAAACUGGUGGUGGAUCCUGCCGGCCCUUUGGCGCAUCCUCCUUUGAGCCAUCGUGGAAAAAUGCUCAUGACCGAUCGCGCAUCGUCUAUGAAACAGAUGCGCACCGAUGUGAGCAGCCCUUCCGUCGUCUCCGAAUAUUUCAGCGAGGAUGACGACGACGAGGAAGAUGACGACGAAGACGACAAUAUCGAUGAUAACUCCAUUUCCAGUUACGAAAGGUAUUUGGGCGGGACGCAGGUGGCGCAUACCCGGUUAAAAUCAGAUUCCGCGGUCGACGAUAAGUCACAGAAACAAAGUAGCCAAAUAGCGAAAGAACUUUCGGACUUGGUGAUUUAUCUGCAGGCUAUUAAAUUUCGUGGGCUGAAUACGACGCCGGGAACCGCGGCUAUCGGGAAAACGCGUCAUCAACCGCACACUGGGCCUGUACAGAGGCACAGUAUAGCUGGGAUAGGAGCCACCAGCAUCGGUGCAUCUUCCGGUUCACCACAAUCCCUGUCGACAUCGGCUUCGUUAGCGAGCGGCGGGAGCAAUAUUGAAAAUCUGUUCAGAUUCACUCGUGGAGUUCCAGCUUGCUUCCAAUGCUCCUCCCUGAAUGAAAGUACGGCGAAAAAGAUAUGCAGAAAACAACCUCUAGGGGUUGUCGCUCAUGCAGAAACCCAAUUGAUACGAACGUAUCCAGCUGGUAUGCGUAUCGACUCGACGAAUUUCAAUCCUGUAAUCUUCUGGGCCUUCGGUAUUCAAAUGGUGGCGCUAAAUUAUCAAACGGACGACGCUGGGCUGAAUCUGAACGCCGCUAUGUUCGAGCAAAAUGGACAGUGCGGAUACGUUAGAAAACCUUCGGUUAUGUGGGACAAGGGUCACAUGAUGUACAGACGAUUCAAUCCAUGGGACAAAGAAUUCGACGGACUGCAUUCGGCACAUCUGACGCUCUCGAUAGUUUCCGGCCAGUACGUCUCUCCAACGAAUUUCGUGGCAAGCACUUACGUCGAAAUCGAGCUGGUCGGCAUACCGAUCGAUUGCGCCAAGCAUAAAACGAAAGUAAUACAGAACAACGCGCUCAAUCCUAUUUGGAACGAGAAAUUUUGCUUCCAAGUAAUGUUCAAAGAUCUCGCGUUUCUGAGAUUCGGCAUCGUGGAAGCGAGUUCCCAUCACUUGAUCGCCCAAAGAGUGAUCCCGUUGAAGUGCUUGAAGCCCGGCUACAGGCACGUGAGGCUACGCUCCUGCAAGAACAAACCUUUGGCCCUGUCCACGCUUUUUAUCUAUUCCCGUUUAGAGGAGGAGAGCCUCGAUUACAACACGUGUUGCCGGGAUCACAAGGAGUCGUCGAAGCGGCCCUCGUCCGGCAAAGAGCCGGAAAAACUGACCACCGUUGAUCCUGGACUAGGCGGGGUGACGUUGAAGAGGAGAAUGUUCUUCCUGAUGGUUUAUCACGUGAUACCGGACGAACCGUACACCAUACUGAAGGUGACGCAGGAGAGCACCACGCAGGAGGUGAUGCUGCAAGCUCUUCAAAAGGCUGGAAUAUCCGCGGACCGCGUCGACGAGUACAUCCUCGUCGAGGAGGUGUCUUGCGGUUGGGAGAAGAGGGACAGGGAAGAACUGCCCACCCAACGGGUGUUGGAUCCGACGGAGCAUCCGUUGCAAGCUCAAGCUCUGUGGAAGGGGCAGGGCCGUUUUCUGCUGAAGAGGGUGGGCGACGACCCGAGCAGCAGGGCAUGGUUGGCCUCGAUCAGAAGCACGGCCGGCCACUCGAAGCUCGACUCCGAGAGGGACACGUCGACGCAUAUCUGGGACGAGGCUGACACGUUUCUCGUUUGCGUCUACAACGUGUCGCCCGACAUACCGUACGCGAUACUCCGCGUGCCCGUCAGCAGUUCCGCCCAAGACGUUCUUGCCCAGGCGCUGGUUAAAGCGAGAAGGAUGGAGGAUCCGAUGAAGUUCGCUUUGGUCGAGGAGCUGGAAUGGGGUGGGACAGGGGCUGUUGGGAGCGGCAGCCGCCAGCUGAGGGUGUUGCGCGACGACGAGAACGUGUACAGCACCCAAGCCUUUUGGAAGACCCUAGGAAGAUUCAUCAUGAGGGAAAGGGAGCAAGCGAUACCCAGGCGUCACCUGUUGCCGGCCACGUUGGACAGGCUCAGCAAAGGUUUCUCCGUGGGGAGGUCGGUCUCCUUGCCCGGUUCCAGCAAGGAGAAGGUCCCCGUCUCCGAAGCCCUCUCCGACCCGACCUCCAGAGGGCUCAGGCAUCGUCUGCUGAUGCACGGCCGUAGGAGGGAAGUUCACUCCGAUGGCGAGGAUACCCGCGAGUCCGAUAUCUUGAACGCGGCCCUCCACUUGAAAAAAGUGUCGUUGAGGAAGUUGAGGGUGUGGAAGUCAUAGUGGCAGUCAAGGGCGACGUCGAUAUCCUCGAUCUUCGCCACUCGGAGAAACCAACCGUAAGUUUACGAGUUUGAUAGAAUUGCAUUGCAUCGUAGGGGGUCGAAACGUGAGAUUCGUUAGGUGCGAGAGGGAGCCUUCGAAUGUUGUCGUUUUUUUAAGAAAAGAAAAGAAAAGAAAAGAAACACUCCACUCGAUGACCAGCAUUGGAACCGGUUAUGGUAUUAGUAAAAAAAAAAAAGGGAAAAAAAAAGAUGCCUAAUUGUACUCAACACUGCUUAAAAUAUGCUAUAAAUCUGGAUCUUUAAAAAACGUUAUUACUUGGAGAUGGAACCGGUGUUAGCGACGAACAGUAUCAUCGGUUGAGACAGAGUUUGAUUGGACGUAAAGAAAAGUUG